CAUCGGUCUGGUUCUUUCCGAACUCUCGGUUAUAUUAUUAUUAGUGUUUCUGUUCUGUCGGUCAGUGUGUGCGAGGUUAUAAUCAGUUCGUUUGGUAUUUGUGCGACUCGCUUUUCUAUUGUGCAUUUAAACAGUUUGUCUUAAGUGUCACGUGCUAUCUGGUUUGAGGAGAAGUUUAUUUCAGCCGGAAUUGUGAUAUCCAAUUUGGUUUCGCAUGGAUACAGGUGGACGUAGAUGUUGGUAACUUUUGUUAGCAUGAAAGUACAAUCUAAUCAAGGCAUCUAAAUCAUAUUUUUCAUUUCGCAAAAUGAGGAUGUCUUGAUUCAUGCAAACUUUAUCAGGAUUAGUGCAAGUGUUUCGUAUGACGUGGAUGAUAAAUUUUGUGAAAAAAAAUUGAAGCCAUUAAAGAUGUCGGAAGAAGAUCCACAGAUGCUGUUGGAUACGUGGCUCAACGAGCUCGACGUGUUAAUUGGGGGUUUGGAUUCAGUAUCCUCCACCACACAUGAGCCUAUACAUAGAGUAUCAAGUUCAGGACCAAGAAUAGAUAGUUACCGAUUUUCAAUGGCCAAUUUAGAAGAAUCACAUGAAGCAGAACUUGAUGCCAUUCUGGGCGAAUUAAGUGCUUUGGAGCAAAAAAAUGAUACAAGACAAAGGAGAACACAUAGUAGAAAUAAUUCAGAUUGUACGAGGAUUAGAGCUUCAACUGAAGGAGAUGGCACUGUUAGAGAGCCAAGGAAUGAUAGUCCUGAUAAUGAUUCAGCAUUCAGUGAUACAGUUUCCCUUUUAUCUAGUGAAUCCUCCGCUUCUAGUGGAGCCAGUUCAGGUUUAACUCACAAAGUGCCUUUGCCUAUACCAUGUCCUGAACAAAUUUUAAACACACAACAACAACAUGAUGGUGCUAAAGCUGCAAAAAUUCAUUUAGCUUUGCAAAAGCUAGCUAGAGCAUCUGUUCGAAGACUCUUUGUAAAAGCUUUCAGUGCAGAUGGAGCAAGUAAAAGUCUUUUAGUUGAUGAGAGAAUGAGCUGUGGUCAUGUUACUCGAUUAUUAGCAGAUAAAAAUCAUGUGAAAAUGGAACCACAUUGGUCACUUGUAGAGCAUUUGCCUGACUUACAAAUGGAAAGGUUGUAUGAAGAUCAUGAACUGCUCGUGGAUAAUUUAAUGCUGUGGAGUAGGGAUUCUAAAAACAGGGUAUUAUUUUUACAAAGGUUGGAUAAAACUUUAUUAUUCACCAAACCAGAAGAAUUUCUGUCACAAUCUCCUGCAAGUGUUGACCAUGAUGAGCAUUCUAGAUCUUUAUUACUGGAGGAAUUUUUUAAUGGUACUGCAGUUGUUGCAAUGGAAGGACCAUUAUAUCUUAAAAGUGAUUCAAAGAAGGGCUGGAAGAAAUACCAUUUUGUUUUAAGGGCUUCAGGUUUAUAUUAUUACCCAAAAGACAAAGGUCCAAGAUCACCAAGAGAUUUACAGUGUCUGGCUUCUUUUACUGGUCAUGAAUUAUAUCGUGGAGUAUCCUGGAAGAAAAAACAUCGUGCUCCCAGUGACUUCUGUUUUGCUUUGAAACCUCCAAGAGCCCCAUCUGUUAAAGGUGGCCGAGGAUUAAAAAUGCUUUGUGUAGAAGAUGAAAAAUUAUUUGAGAAAUGGUUGAUUGCCAUCAGAAUAGCAAAGCAUGGUCGUAGGCUUCUGGAUAAUCAUCGUACAUUAUUAGAGGAUUUGGCUCGUGAAGAAAUUGAUGCCUUAGUUAGUGCAAGAAGUGGAUCUAAUUGUAGUAUUAGCAUACCACCAAUGCCAAUUACAAACUCUCCAUCCUCUGGUCGACUGUCAAGAGCAUCCAGCUCCAGUUCAAGUGGCUGCAUGUCUGAUGAAAAUGGAUUUGAAUCAGAAUUUCCUAUGGGAACCAUCAAAAGGAAGCCAUCAAUGAAACCCAAUUUACCAUUAACAUCGAUGACACGACAGUUAAAAGAAGUUGGGGAUACCACGACUAUGGGUGGUGUGGAAAUUGCUCCUCCCAGUUCACCUCAUAGCCCUCAAGGCUCGCAAGGAGGUACUCUGACCCGCAGGCAUAGUAGACGAAGGUCAGAUGAUUGUAGCAGUAAUGGAACACUUAAGAGGAUUACAAGAAGUCGUGGUUCUAUUGAAUCCAUGGGCUCGAUUCGAAGUGGUCAUUCUACUCCUACACCUAGUACUCCUGACACAUCAAGAACCAAUAUGCUACCAGAAGUGUCCCCAAACAAUGCUGUUUCUUUAUCAUGCAUGACGGAUUCCAUGUGUUCUUUACUGCCUCCACCACCUCCACUAGAAUUAUCAUCAGAGGACUUGAUGAGUGCUUCUACCUUAUCUCUGGACUCAUUACCACCUCCUCCACCACCUUUAGAUGCUAAUGAUUCAGCUGAUUAUAUUGGGACAUCAAUGCUUUCUCUGACCAGCCUGCCGCCACCACCACCUAAUGUGCAAUCUAAUGAUCAAAUUGAUAACAGGAUAACUUCACCGAUUUCUAGUGACUGCUCAACACCAUCAAAGAUACUUUCAAAUACAAAUAUUACUUCAUAUGAUUCUCCUAAACAUAAUAUCAAACAAUUAGAAGAUGCUCUGCAGGCCAUGACCGAUAUUGCUAAUAGUGCUCAAAAUAGUUUAACUCAAACCAAUUCUAUGGACAAUGUAACGCAGUCAAUAAAUAAUAUGCAACUCAAUCACAAUGUAGUAAACAACAAUGAAAGAAACAUAAUUUAUACCCAGUCAUUACACAAAAAGCCUCCAGGAUAUAAAUUACCACCUCCAUAUAACCAGCAGAUUUAUAAUACUGCUCCUUCACCAAAGACUGUCACAUUUGCUGAUUCUAUGCAAAUGAAUAAUAAUAAAUUAGAGAAAUGUGUAAAAUUUGCUGAAUCGCCUGUUUUAUUAAGACGCAAAGUUUGUUUUGAGGAUCAGAAAAAGGUGACUUUUGAUGAACAAUUAUCGCCUUCAAAACGAAUGAAUUCAUACUCGCGAACAAGCUCGUACGAUUCUAAUCAAGCUCCUUUACCACCACCUCGGGCUGAGGCAACUCGUCUUAGUGCAAAUUGCUCGUCGCCGAAGCGUCUCGCGGACAGUGCGAGCAAUCCUCCAAGGGAUUUCUUAAAGGAUCUGCAGCGAGUUAUGAGACGAAAAUGGCAGGUUGCACAAAAAUGCAAAUUGGAACCAGCGACUACACCACACGAAGUGCUUGGCUUCAGAGAUCCACCACCACCGAAUCCCCAUUACAGGGAAACAAAUGUAUCCAACUGGGUUCAGGAACAUUAUGGAGACAAUUUAUAUGAGAACUUGGGUGGACCUUGUGGUUCUUUGGCGAUGAAUCAGCAGAUGAACGGGCGCAAUGGCAUAUCGCAGCCGCCAAUGCCGCAUGCCAUGCAACCGACCAUGGCGGUCAUUCCAACUCAAUCUUCCAUCGUCGGCGUUAUGAACGGCCGCAACAAACGGCCUCCACCGCCUCCACCGAAACGUAGCGAAUCGACGCAACUCACAACUGGUAACCGAAAUUCGACAACUUCGUGAAAAAGGUGCCUCAUAUUGUAAUUAAUAUGAGCGCCAAUGAAAAAGGAAUGCUAAUAUGUAAUUGAAUUAUAGUUGUGCUACAAACGAAGAAUGUGCUUUCAGGCUCUUGAAAUGUAUUUUGAAUUAUUAUUUAUUUUAUUAAUUGGAGAAUUUUU